GCUGUGCUAAUGUUUGCAUUAGCAUCAUGCUGAUGAAUAUAUCCCAGACUCACAUACUGACCUCCGAAGGGAGGUUUUCGGGACUCUGUUUGAGAAGGGUGGGAGGCUCUUUGCCGUUGGCCUUUUAUGGGGAAAUUGAUUUAAUAAGACGGGCUAUCCGUCAACGAAGUGCGUUUUUCACUGGAUUUACAUGGAUUUGAAAGUUUGCCGAACAUGAAGGUAAAAACUAAGUUGUGCCUUCUUGCUCUCGGUCUUGGCUUGAGCCUGCCCCAUUAUCACUUCCACACUAAAUCGGGCAGCUCCACUAUAGUUCAUUUAUUUGAGUGGCGCUGGAAUGACAUUGCUGAGGAAUGCGAGCGAUUCCUAGCCCCCAAUGGAUUCGAUGGCGUGCAAAUCUCUCCACCGACUGAAAAUGUGGUAGUGACUAACCCCUGGAGGCCAUGGUGGGAGAGGUACCAGCCUGUCAGCUACAACCUGUGCUCCCGCUCUGGAACAGAGCAAGAGCUCCGUGAUAUGGUCUGCCGGUGCAACAAUGUCGGGGUGAAGAUCUAUGCCGACGUAGUCAUCAAUCACAUGUGUGCGUCUGGCGCGGGCGAGGGCGGGCGCUCGACCUGCGGCUCAUACUUCAACGCCGGCACCCGGGAGUUCCCAUCUGUGCCCUACUCCUUUUCCCACUUCAACGAUGACAAAUGCACGACCCGCAGUGGAAAUAUUGAGAGUUACCAAGACAUUUAUCAGGUGCGUAACUGUCGUCUGGUGGGGCUCCUUGACCUUGCUCAGGAAAAAGAGCAUGUCCGUGAUAGGAUAGCAGGUUACCUGAACAAGCUGGUGGACAUGGGGGUCGCAGGUUUUAGGGUGGAUGCUUGUAAACAUAUGUGGCCGGAGGACCUCAAGGCCAUAUACGAACGCCUCCACAACCUCAACACGACAUGGUUCCCUGUGGACUCUCGGCCUCUCAUUUACCAAGAGGUGAUCGAUGUGGGCGGAGAGCCGGUAACUGCGAGCCAGUACUCUGGGCUGGGCCUGGUUACGGAGUUCAAAUACGGUGCCAAGCUCGGCUCCGUUAUCCGAAAAUGGAAUGGAGGAAAACUGUGUGACCUCAAGGCGUGGGGAGAACGAUGUGGGCUGAUGCCAUCGGAUGAAGCCCUGGUGUUUGUGGAUAACCAUGACAACCAGAGAGGGCACGGCGCUGGGGGCGACUCCAUACUCACCUUCCGGGAAGCUAGAAUGUACAAAAUGGCCACCGCGUUUAUGCUGGCUCAUCCCUACGGACGUGCCAGAGUGAUGUCCAGCUACAGGUGGGAUCGCUGCUGCAGUGCAGAUGGAAAGGACCAGAAUGAUUGGAUGGGUCCUCCCAGUUUCCCUGACGGUUCCACCAAACCGGUUCCCAUCCAAUCCGACGGCAGCUGUGGGGACGGGUGGGUGUGUGAGCACAGAUGGCGACCAAUCAGAAACAUGGUGAUGUUUCGUAACGUUGUGGAUGGGGAGCCCCUUAGUAACUGGUGGGACAACGGAAGCAACCAGAUUGCAUUUGGACGAGGAGGCCACGGCUUCAUAGCGAUCAACAACGAUAAUUGUCCACUGGAUGUCAUCCUGUUCACCGGCCUUCCGCGAGGAACCUACUGUGAUGUCAUCUCGGGUGAGAAGGAUGGGUGCCGUUGCUCUGGGAGACAGGUGACAGUGGACGGAGAGGGAAGGGCCCUCUUCAACAUCAGUCAUCGUGACCGCGAGCCAAUCAUAGCCAUCCACACAGGCUCUAGGUUAUGAUCUAACAACGACUGGCGUUUUCACUCUAGUUUUCACUCUAGAUUUGCUCUAUGUAGAUGCUCCGAUAACUAAUGAGCAAACAUCAAACUAACUACCGUAUCCCUUAACCCAAACCUUACAUUUUACAUUGUCAUUUCUAAAUCUAAAUGUAAGUGACAUUUUCCGAGUACGAAUAAUUGUGUUAUAGUGAAUUGCUCUUGAACGUCUUUAGACUAUCGAAGGAUUCCUUGAAAGUAAAGUGUGACAGCUCACAACCACCAUGGAAUAACAAGACUGCAUAAUUCCGAGAUGAGCAGCAAUGCCCUGAUGCAAGAAACAAGCAUUAAGAUAAAUCGACAACAGAUAUGUCAUAAUGUUCCCUGCUAGAUUGCUGUGGCUUAGUUGCCCAGUAUGUAGGGGCAAUGCACAUACUGUUCCAGAUUAAUUAUCCACUAUAGUUAUACAAUAAUAAUGUGUUUUGUACUGUAUGUCUCUAUUGAUAUUCAGUGGGUUCAGAAUAACAUAAACCAGUCUCUUCGAAUAAGUGUUUCCACCGACAUUAGUGGAUGUAUUAUGCAUGUUAAUAUAGAACAGCUGUUAUCAUCCCCACCAGCCUCAAGCUUCUCAGAAUCAGAUGUUGGCACGUUUAAAAACCUUUGCAUUUACCUUAAUUAGGAUUUAUUUCUACCUACUGCGACGUGGUCAUAUGUAAUGAAAAGGACUGUCACUAUUUUGUCAUGCAAAAAAAAUUAAA